AUGGGGAAUUGCAGCGCGUACAUGGAACCCCAGAAUGCCUCCGGUGACAUCAUUGGCUACGGCACAUUAGCCGCCUUUCUGGGUAGUGCUGUCAUGACUAUCACGGCCGUCUUGUUGGCGUACUACUACGAUGCGAUGGAUGACGACUUGUUAACGGGUAAAGACCACCAGCUCAAACGUCGAAUGAGAGGUGUAAUUUCCGGAAAAUUUAGUGAAAAUUCUAUACAGCAUAGCGACAAUUCGGCUGUUCGCGAUGGCGUCGACACACAAACCAAUCUGAGAAAGCACCGUAAAGCAUGCUUUACUCGAUUCAUACUCGCGCUCAGUGAUCAGCAACUCGUGACUGGGCUAGCGAUUUUGAUAACUACCUUGUCCAGUCGCGAGCGACUGUCAACUUAUGAAUUCUCAGUCGCGCACAGCCUUGCCUGGUUCUCUUCGACCACUCAUUUAGCCACUCUAGACGUCCUAACGCCAACUUUAAGGUCUCAGAACCGAUGGGUAUUGAUCGGACGCAUAACCGGGAUGAUCUGCGUGAUUAUUCUACUACUAUACACAUCCUAUCAUACUACCUUUCUCACCGACCGCGUCCGAAUACGGCCACAUGGUUGCGACUUCAUACCCAUGUCCUUUCUUUAUAUGAUCCAAAGCUAUUUUGCGUUUAUGAUCAUCUGCUCCGGGUAUAUAUACAAACUCAGCGAUCUUUCCUUAUGGUACGGCCUUGAUGUCUUUCCGUGGACAGUCCGUUUUCUACCCAGACGGCCCAGGGAAACCAGGCUUCUCACUCCUAGGCAGAAUCGUGCGAAAAGACUUGCGAAUCAUCGAUUUGAUAAGCUAUGGGAGACGGAACAGUGGCACCGGCCAAUGCGAUUCUCUCGGGCGAUCUGGGAUAUUCUCGAGUAUAACCAGGCGUUCUUUUCCACCGUGCCCGCGAUAUUCUUCAGCCUGUCAUAUGGCAUUAGUCAAGUAGUAGAUUUCGCUUUUCUCACUGCGCCAAAUGUCACCAAAGAAUCCCGUGAGAUGGGAUUUGGCCAACUAAUGGCAUUGUUUCUUCUCUUCCUACCCUUCUUUUCAGCUGGCGAAUCCUACAGCGGUAAGUGUUGGAACAUGGGCGAUUGA